AUGGAGACCAUGUUUAAGGAACCAUCAGAUCACAACUCCACAGAAAUUAUAUUUACAGUCCAAUGCUUUACAGACAUAAAAGAACUGCAGGUUCACAUUUUCAGCGUCUUCCUAAUUAUCUUGCUCAUAAUUCUAACUGGCAAUAUAACAAUUAUUGCAACAAUAUCGAUAUGGCCCCUGCUGCACACUCCCAUGUACAUGUUCUUGGUCAGUCUUUCAUUCGUGGAUAUUUUCUAUACGUUGACUACUUUGCCGAAACUAUUGCGCAUGGUCGCUACUCAAGACAAGACCAUAUCAUUUGCAGGGUGCAUGAUUCAGUUAUAUGUUUUUAUGGCCUUGACUUGCAUUGAGUUUAUUCUACUUGCUGUAAUGGCCUAUGACCGUUAUGUGGCAAUUUGUCAUCCGCUUCACUAUGGUUUAUUAAUGAGCCAUAAACUCUGCCUGAAACUUAUAACGUCUGUAUGGAUCGCUGGCUUUUUGGACACUGCCACUCAUGCUUUCCUCAUAUCAAACUUGUCUUUCUGUUUAUCGCGUCAUAUUGACCAUUUCUUUUGUGAUGUUACUCCAGUUCUAAAGAUCACUUGCAGUGACACCUCCACCUUCGAGACUCUGACCUACAUAAAUGGGGCAAUUGUGGCUGUUCCACCGUUCACUGUUACGGCUUUGUCUUACAUAUUCAUCAUCUGCACAAUACUGAAGAUCCAGUCAUCCAAAGGGCGGAUAAAAGCCUUUUCUACCUGCGCCUCCCACCUCACUUGUGUCGUCAUCUUAUAUGGGACCCUCUCCUGUUCAUACAUGAGACCAACAAAAACCUACAAUCCAAAGCAAGAAACAUUUCUUGCUCUUCUCUAUACUGUUUUAGUUCCUAUGCUAAACCCUGUUAUAUAUACACUAAGAAAUAAAGAAUUUAAAGGUGUUCUCAGUAAAAUAAUUAAAAAAGGGAAGACCAUGCUUAAAGUAGGCAAUGACACCAAAGAUAUUGUAUUUACAGUCCUGUGCUUUUCACACAAAAAGGAAGUGGAGAUUCCACUUUCCAUAGUCUUCUUAAUCAUCUUCCUCAUCAUUAUAAUUGGAAACAUUCCAGUUUUUGUAACUAUAACGUUGUGUUCCCAGUUGUACAAUCCCAUGUACAUGUUCUUGGGCAGCCUCUCAUUCCUGGAUAUUUCCUAUGCCUUGACUACUCUACCACUCAAGAAAAGACCAUUUCCUUUGUAG